AUGGGGGCACUGGUUCAACAAAUGGAAAACAGCGCAAAACGGAUUGAUCAAUUACAGGAUGACUUUUCUACUAUGACUAAGCAUGCAACUGAACUGCAAACAUAUAUCGGCCUUCGUGAAAUCGAAAAAUCUACAUCUCAAGAAGCAAACUACUUGGAUGAGUUAGUGAGUGGCAGCCAGUUAAAUGAUGUGGAAAUAACAGUUUCUUCUACUGUAAAGUCCGUUUUACAAGAUAUCAAAUCUUUUGGAAAUAUCUCUGUCAAAUCAUCAACAAAAACAUUCCAGACUAAGAUUGGAAGAAAAGAUCAAGCCCAGCAUUUGGUUCCAAUGGUUUAUGGAAUAGAGCAAAUCAAGCCUUCGCUUUUGAACAGCUUAAGCGUUCCGAAAGGUGAUAGCCUUAAACGUAUUACCGGUCAGAUAUUACCAGAUGGUAUGUUAUUACUUUUUCAUAACAAAAAGAAUACCUUGAUUCAGUACAAUAGUGAUGGUACCUUUAUGAAAGAGCUGAUGGCAUUCAAAGAGCAACCCUAUGAUGUAUGCUUUGUUAAGGAUAAUACAGUAGCGGUCACGUUUAAUCAUGCUACAAAGGUGCUGCUGGUUGAUGUAGAAAAAAAUCAACUCAUAAAAACUAUAGAACUUGCUCUUUACUGUUACGGAGUUUCAAGUGAUGGUGAAGUUUUGGUUAUCAGCCACAAAGAGGCUAGAAAAACUACGAUACUGAAUCUGACAGAUAUGACAGAAGAAAUUUUAGAAGGUAUUCGUCUCCACCGUAUUUCACUGUUUAAUGGGAACAUUUAUGGCACUUAUUAUUAUGAAGACAGAGUUGACUGCUACAGAAUAACUGGUGAGCAUGUAUGGACAUUUACUCACGAGGAUAUCUAUCAACCAGAGGGAAUUGCUGUGGAUAUGAACGGAUUUGUUUAUAUAACUUCUCUAGGGAAAAAUAAAAUCGUGGUCCUGUCAUCAGAUGGUAAAUCAAGUAGAACAGUACUUUGUAAGGAGGAUGGAAUCAUGGAACCGUAUGCCAUUGACAUCAACAAAGAAUUGAGAACCAUGAUGGUUGCGUGUGUGGAUGGGAAGACUUGUGCUUUCAUUUUCAAAAUCUGA